UUUAUAUUUUAUCAUCUGUGAAUCUCGCCUGACAUCUUUCUUUGUGCAAUCUCGGUCUGGUAGGUGAUGGAAAAUCCCGUUAUUCCGCUGUCGUAACUCAUACAACAAAGGUAUUAUCGCGCGGGAGUGUCGGCCGAGGUCAACUGAGCAAAAAUCACCAGUUUCGAAAGCGUUCAGUGACACUGUACGCUCGUAAUAAUUUUAGUUCAAUUUAUCGAUUUUGCUAAUCCAGUGGAUGCCAGCAGUUGUUUUUAUGCUGUUAAUUUAUUAGUGUGGUCGGGUGACUGGCCAGGGAGCAACAUUUUUCGUGUCACAGUACAAAGUAAGAUUGAGCCGUGUCUUGGGGGAAAAGCACCCCGGGCACUACGGUGGCCCCAGAUACACCGGCGCCAGCGCCCCAGCCCCCAGGGGUGCUGGAGAUGACUGGCACCGAUAAUAUACGGUUUAGCGGACAUACGCUGGACAAGGCCACCAAGGCCAAGGUCACGCUAGAGAACUUCUACACAAACCUCAUCAGUCAGCAUUAUGAAAGGAAACAGAGACUGGAGAAACUUGAGGAGUCGCUCAAGGACGAGAGCCUGACGGAGAGUCAGAAGCAGGAGAAGCGGCAACAGCAUGCGCAGAAAGAGACGGAGUUCCUCCGCCUCAAGCGUUCCAGGCUCGGCGUCGAGGACUUCGAACCGCUCAAGGUGAUAGGCAGAGGUGCGUUCGGCGAGGUGCGGCUUGUGCAGAAAAAGGACACCGGACAUGUGUACGCCAUGAAAAUACUCAGGAAAGCAGACAUGCUUGAGAAGGAACAGGUAGCACACGUCCGAGCCGAGAGAGACAUCCUCGUGGAAGCGGACCAUCAGUGGGUGGUGAAGAUGUACUACAGCUUCCAGGACCCCAUGAACCUGUACCUGAUCAUGGAGUUCCUUCCCGGGGGUGACAUGAUGACCCUGCUCAUGAAGAAGGACACGCUCAGCGAGGAGUGCGCGCAGUUCUACGUCGCUGAGACGGCGUUGGCUAUAGAUAGUAUACACAAACUUGGCUUCAUUCACAGAGACAUAAAGCCAGAUAACCUGCUUCUGGAUGCGCGUGGGCACAUAAAGCUGAGCGACUUCGGCCUCUGCACGGGCCUGAAGAAGAGCCACCGCACAGACUUCUACCGGGACCUUUCGCGCGCUACUCCCUCAGAUUUCAGCACUCUAUUUAACUUCCCAGUCUCGACAUCGUCGUCGGCGAUGGACUCCAAACGUCGUGCCGAGUCUUGGAAACGGAACAGACGGGCGCUCGCGUACUCCACCGUCGGCACGCCGGACUACAUCGCCCCCGAAGUGUUCCUGCAGACGGGCUACGGGCCGGCCGCUGAUUGGUGGAGCCUCGGUGUUAUUAUGUAUGAGAUGCUGAUAGGUUACCCGCCAUUCUGCUCGGAGUCACCGCAGGAGACGUACAGGAAGGUGAUGUCUUGGAGGGAGUCUCUCACCUUCCCGCCAGAGAUACCCAUCAGCGAGGAGGCUAGGGAGACCAUUCUGCGCUUCUGUUCAGAACCAGAUCGCAGAUUGGGGUCGCAGCGCGGCAUCGAGGACGUGAAGUCGGUGUCUUUCUUCCGCGGCGUGGACUGGAGCCACGUGCGCGAGCGUCCCGCCGCCAUCACAGUCGAGGUGCGCUCCAUCGACGACACGUCCAACUUCGACGAGUUCCCCGACGUCAAGCUCGAAAUACCUUCAGCGCCUAUAACACAAGACGGUGAAGUGGCGUACAAAGACUGGGUGUUCAUCAACUACACGUUCAAGCGGUUCGAGGGGCUGACACAACGCGGCACGCCCACCAAGAAGUGAGCCGCGCGGCGUCCUCGCGUCCACACGCCCUGCCACGGGAGUAUAAGUUAAAAUAAGGAAUUGAUACGUGGAAUACAGCUGAGGACGCAUAUUUAAUCAUUAAGGGAUGCAACGAUGCUGUUUUACAUACGCUGUAUAGGUAGCCAUUACGAUUUUUCGAGUGGACUGUGCUUUAGCAGCAUCUUACUGAGCUAGAAACACAAGCGUUCGACACUAGUCCGUUCGUAUUAAUGAGUUCACAAGCCACGCCCAUCGACCAAUGAGACGGGCGUUGCUUCUUUGUUCUGCGAACUGACUUGGUGGAACGUACUCUGUGCCGCCUAGCCCGUGUGGUGUCCAAGUCUCAUUUAUAUUUUUAUGGCUAUGAACAGUGUCGUUAAAGAUUAAUAAUAGCGCCAUCUGUCGCCUAACGGACGAUGUUCUAUGAUUUUAAUCACCGAUAAAUGUAAUAGUGUUUUAAUGUGCAAUUUAUUUUUGUUUUGCGUCUUACCGAAGUCAGCGCUAGUGAUGUUCGUGCUUGUUCCAAAUUAACGUAUGGUCACGAUCUAACGUACAAACUAAACCUUUAAGAUAUAAUUAUAUAACGCUCCGUUUUUAAAAUUAGAGGAACAGCAAAUUGAUAUAUGAUUUAGUAUCAGUAUUACCAUAAAAGCUAUGCCUUUUGGGGGUGAGAUUGCAAAAUGAAAAGGAAACUACGCAAAAAACAAUUUAGAAAUUAUAUUAUAACAAUACUCAAACAACUCAUUUGGUACAUUCGUAUUGAAAAUAAAAAUGGAAUACCUCAAAAGAUUUUAAUAAAUGUAUUAAAUUCCUUAUUAUAAUUUGUACUCGAAUGAUUCGGGGUGUCGCGUAGACUCGAUGCAAUACUACACAAUAUAUAUUAUUGUACAAAGUUAUAUUGCGUAUUUGGCUGUCGGAAUCAUUGUUGGCAGUUUGAUACUUAUUUAAGUUUAAUGGGUUUAGGGCUAGAGCAUGUUUAUCUCUCUGAGAUCGUUUUGUGUAGGAUAUUGAAAAAGUGAUAAGAGCUAUAUUGCAUGCGCUUUUUUUUUUAAUUUAAAUUUGUAAUCAGCAUGUUGAAGUAUAGAAUUAUAACAAAUUCCCCAGAGCUAAAAGCGUUUUUAGCUAAAAAAAAUCUGAAGUAUUUUAAAACAUGAACUUUGAUUCAAUAUUUAUUUACUUUAAUGUUCGCAUUCAACAAAUUUGCCAAUCAAUUAUUUAUUGUAUAUCAAUGUAUUAACUUUUAAAAUUCAUUAUAACCGGUCAACAAUGAUUUCAACGACUAUUAUUUAAUACUAAAUGAAAUAAUAAGCUCCCAUGUGUUCCUAAGUAAGGGAAUGACUAAGCGCGCGUUGUGCUUAGCGUGCAAUAGAGAUGAGCGAGGAGUCGGGGGUGAGUAGGGAUAGGGGUCUCUGAAACACCCGGCGUUUCAGCUAUUAUCUCUGACUACCCUACAAACCUUAGGAAUAAGGAUAACUUCAAAGAUUUCCAUUGUAACGUAAGUAGUUACGUUCCGAUAUUUUAGUACUUCUCUGUCUUUUAUGAAAUGUAUUAGUGUAAAAGAGAUAGAAACGCCGGUGUUUACGAAUAUGUAAUCGCGAAGGUUGUUGUGAAGUUAGUGGGGUGUUGUGUAGUUAAAAAUCUCGCAACGUGAUGUUAUGGAUAAAUUUAUAUUAAAGUAUUUUCCAUUUAAUCAAUUUUAAUAGUGUAAAUUCCACAUUUUUUUUUGUGAAUAUUUAUAUUGGUUAUGUUUUGUUAUGUUAUUUAUAUUAUGUAAAAAUGAACUAAAUCGGCAUGUUUCAUCAAAUUUGAUUUAUGAUUCACAGUAUACACCAUAUUUUUGUAACACGCGACAUGCCUUACAAAUAUCUAAUAUCAAUAAUGUGGGAUUGCAGCUAACUUCGCACUGUAGAAUAUGUUUAGCUGUUAUCUUUUUAAUGUCUAAUUCUACAUCUAACUUCACACCCAACCUAAGCGUAUUUUAGACCCCUCCCCAGCGUGUACAAGUGGAUAUGCGUUGUUUUAGUUAAUGUACAGGGUGUUUCGGCGGAUCAUGUUGCGCAGGAGUUUUUUUGGCUGAAAGUGCAAUGUUUAAAAAUAUUCCACGUAUAAAUGCUAAGUAACGUCCUAAAACCCUUAUAUUUUUGUCGGUAUUUUAACUUUUCUUCCCUUCUUAUUUUAAUAUAAGAAAGAAGAAAUAUCGAUCAAGAAGUUUAUAAGUUUGAGGACUUUUUUAGUUUGUAACAGUAUUUAUGGCAUAAAGAGUUUGUUUAAUAAUUAUCUAUUUUUAUACAUUGAACCAUCAGUCGACUGUAAAUCUUCUAUUCACUUGACGAUGGAUAUGUAAUAACAACACAAUUGUUUCAAUUCGCGAAGGUACAUAAUGUUGCGCGCUGUUGUGCAACGUAUGAUCGUGUUGCGCGUCCUUGUCUAGUGGAAGGAAGAUAUCCGCACAACACGAUACCUCUACAUUCGCCUCUGAGUGUUCGCAUUUCAUUAAUUUAGUUAUUUGAUGUACUGUUUGAGUCGUCGGUUGAGAUCUUUGAAGCCGACCUAGAGUUAGUCGAAAUCUGAUUAAAUAAAAUGAAGGAAUAUACAUAUUUAUAAGUAUUUUCAAAAAAGUUAAUGAAAAAGUUGCUUUUGUAGUGUUUUUACUCUGAUUUAGACUAAUCGAUUUGCUUCACAGAUCUCCGCCUUAUUGCUUAAAUUGCGGUGCAUUUUGAUGUUGCACUUUACUCGGCCUGUAUUACUUGCCAGUAUGGCCUCUAUACACAAUUUUGGUGGCAAUGGACAUGUCGACUUUGAACUUAAUCUCUGAAAAUGUUCAUAAGUUUCGGAGAUAUAACUUUUAAUAUUGUUUUCCAAGAAAUGGAAAUGUAUUUUAGAAAAUUUUUGUUGUAUUUUAUUAUUUAAAACAAAAAUGGAUGAAUUAAGUCCAAAUUCGCCAACGCCCCCCAUUGUUUCCCAACCCUACUACAGCACCCUAGAACUUAAUGUGAAUCGUUUUAAAAUAAGUUCGUAAGAAUGUCGUAAUUUGAUUCGUAUCGUAUGGCACAUAAAGUAUCUUUCUGAGUAACCAAAACUGUUAAAGUUUCUGCCGCUUUUUCUCACCGUCUUGCCCGUGGUCCGAUUUAUGGCCGAACUUAUUCUGAUCGUGCUCCAUAGCUUUUUAGACUUCGCAAAGUUUUAUCUUACUAUAAGCCUCUCUGCCGUCCUUUAAGUGCAUGUAUUAACUAUAAAGUAACACUAUCCAAUCUCUAUUUACUGGUUUAUGCUGAUGCGGAUUACCAACGGUUUAUGGCUGUUUAAUUAAAAAUAUAUUUUAAAGUUUCCCCAGUAUCCGCAUUAGGACAAAAUCCGCAUCCGCAUGGAACGGUGUGACGUAUAAUAUUUUCACUACGCGUGGAAGUUUGGCGAUUGCUACGUUUUGUGGAACAUAGAAUUUAUUGUCUAUGCCGUCAAUCGGACCACAUUUCGCACAAUGGUAGCGAUGAUCAGGAAUACUCAUUCUUGAACCCAUAAAUGUAAGUAAAUUUGUCUAUAAUUAUAUUUUAUGUACAUAGACGCGUAUAGCUUAUUAUAAAAGAAACGUUCAAUGGAUCGCAAUAGAAUUCCGUCCAAAAUUAUUUGACCGUCGUAUCGGAGAUUAUGCACUAUAUAAAAUAUAUUAAUUUAUUUAUAUAAAGCUGUGAGUGCACCGCAGAUAUGUAAUGACGCCGCAGAUGGCUGCGCAUGAGCAUAAAUAUUGAUUCGUGUUAUGUUUAAAAAAGUGUAAUGCGUUAUUGUAAAAUAAAUUUAAUGCAUUAUAAUUUAUAUAGCUUUUGCUCGCGGAUCCGAAGAUUUAUCAGCUUUCAGAAUCAGUAACUUAUGUCCUUCCCAAGGUCUUAAACUAUCUCCAUACAAAAUUUUAUCGAUAUCCGCUCCGUAGUUAUUGAUUGAAAAAGGACAUUUAUUUAAUAAUAUAUAACAAUAUUACAAAGUAAUACAUUUUACACAAAUUAUUUCCGUCAAUAAAAAUAUUGUAGUCGCUUCAUCGAACCUAAAAUACUUUACUAAUGAAUAUAAACAUCAAACUUUUAAUCUUAAACGGUAUAUUGAUUUUUGUAAGUGCGCCGCUAUCUGAAUAAUGUGUACAAAAUCUUGAGUAAAUCUCUACACGCAAUAGUUAACGUUUGGCUAAUUAACACGACAGCGUAGUUUGUGUAAUAAUUUAAACUCUGUAUUAUAAGCCUUACUCAUUUAUUCAAAGAAGUUUUUUAUCGAAGGACGGAGCAUUGCUGUGAUAACAAGUCUAUUUCUUAGCUUUGUUUAUCUAACGGCUUUCUGUUUGUUCAGCUUUGUUUAUCUGACAGCCUAUUAGAUUCAAGUCGUAUCUCAAUAUUAGCCAAUCACAACGGCCCUAUGUCUACGCACUACGAAGGCUGCCAUGCCGUCAGCACUGAGAAACAGACUUGUUAUCACAGCAAUGCUCCGUCCUUAGAUAAAUAACGUCUAUGUAUAUGGGGGUUAGUGUUCACAUUCAAUAACUAACGCAGAAAAAAUAUUAUAUGAUUGCUAAGAUAUUAGUAUAAAGUUUAAAAUUGCAAGCACUACUUUGCCGCUAUUGUCUAUAUUGUGAGCGUAGGCGGUGUGCAAACAGCGACUCUGUAAUCUCUUAUGAACAUAAAUUAAUGCAAAAUUAUCUAUAAUUCGUUUUUUCUUGUCUGGUAGCAAGUACAGGUCAUUACCUAGUGCAUAAAUAACGAGUCCCUUAAAACAAAUAAAAAGUAUAUACAAUUUUAAUCAAAUAGUAUAGUUUUGAUGUAAAUGAAGUUAUUCUCGAAGUCAGUUUAGGGGAAAACGAAUUAUAAUUCUAUAUGCAAAGAAUGAGUAUUUCUGUGGCAUUCAAAACCUAUGAGGAACGAACUGUUCUUGAACUAUAUUUCAUACUCUUCGUUUAAAAUCUUUUUUGCUUGUUUCGUGCGCUAGUUCUUUCAGCGGUGUCUACUCUCACGGACGCCAAAUUGACAGAUCCCCAAGGACUAGCCUGCUUUUACGUAUAAGAUACUAAGAAGCAGUGACUUAAUCAUAUGAAGAUAGGGCUGUGUUUCUCUGUAUAGAUUCCCCGCGAUUUCGGAAAUAACGAAUCGCUAAUAAAGCCCCAGACUCAAACACGUGGAUUCCAAGUUACGUGUUAUCUAUUUAACCACGCGUAAGUUAAUUCCGCGUGGAAUCUAUCCAGGCGCGGCCAAAUCUUGUCUGUCAAAUCACCUAUCCUUGAUGCUUUUUCAAUCACUGUGCCAAAAUGGAAAUUGUUUUUGCGUAUUAUUUAUGUAUUGUGAUUAAUGUAGUUGUUCGGGCACUUCAUUUCAAAACACGAAAUGAUUGUAAAAACACAUAAUAAAAGUUUAUAUAGACAGCGUAGAUCUUGCCGGUAGCUUAAGUACAAAAUUAGUUUUGCUGGCUGGAUGGGAAUUUAUCAAUUUUGAAAGUAUAAUUUGUUUUGAAGUCCAAAACUAUAUAGAUAGCCUCUUUGCUGAGUCUCAGGUAAAUACCGCGCGGUUAGAACAGGGAGUCGUUAAUGGUUGUCCAAUGUUGAAUUUCUACGAUCAGAUUUCUUGUGUUCAUUAUAGUAUUUAUAGACGUGGCAUGUGUGUGACAAGACGUGCGUGCUGCGUCAUUGAUUUCAGACGGUAAUCGAGUCUUAGAUUAUAAACAAACUUCUAUAUUGCUGUAAAAUUGUGCAAAAAUCUAUGAAUAAAUAUAAAUAGUAUGCAUACUUCGCCAUCCUAAGGUAAAAUUGUUUCUUAGCCGAUAUUACCACCUCAGAAGAAAUAUUUUCUUAUAAAGAUAUCGAUAAAAUCAUAGUAAUUAGCGCAGUAAUUUACUUCUGCACGCUGCCGUCUGCCGCGGGAAAUAGGGCCGAGUCUAUAGUGCCUACGUCAUAGCUCGAAAAACCGGUUCAGGGAAUAUCUUUUACAAGUUGUUUAUUUUUUGUAUUUGCUUUUAAAAAAAUACAAAAAAUCAUGUGACAUUAUUCUUAACUGUUUUUUCUUCUGGUUAUUGAAGUUGGCUCUAUAGAUUGCGGCUUUAACAUACGUAAAUUACUUUUCACCUCGAACACAUGAACGUUUUUUUUUAAGUAGAUUAAGAACAGCUAUACAACAUUUUUGCACCUUCGGCGUGUCACACGGCGUUUGCGAGUCAAUUAGAUAAUUUUUCCUACCUGUCCCAAACAAACUAGUUACAGCUUAAUUAAAGUCAAAACUGUUUUACACAAAAAAAAAAAUAUAUUUUGUGCAAAAUGGUUUUUUUUUCAGACAGGUACAAAUAAAUAAUACACCGUGAUUUUUUUUCCGUGAUCUAAAGUAUUUUUUUUUUUAUUGAUCGAUAAUUAACUUUUAUAUGUAUUAAUAUCUACUUGAGGCCAUUAAACUUUGUCCUAUCUCUAUACUGUUGUAUGAAUAAGUAGGAAAUUUUGUGUCUCUUUUAAACUUUACUUAUUAUUUUCAAACUACUGGAAUAUAAGUGUAUAUUUCCGGAAAAAACAAGUAUCACGGUAUGUAAGUGUUGUCCGGUAGUGUGCUCUCUAUCCGGCUCGCGCGGCGUGUGCGCACCGCAGUAUAGGGUACGCAACGAUAAUUCUCACUACGUAAUAACUACUUGUACAAAUUGACAAUUCUCGCUACAUUUAAUAUAAUUUAAUUUGCAAUCAGUACAUGGUUACUUUGCACAUCACUUGUUAGUGUAGUGACUAAUAAUAACGAUAUAGUGUUGUAUAAUUUUUAAUGUUACAAAUUAUAAUUACCGUAUUAUUUUCGAUUUAAUAUUUUUUUUAGGUUUAAUGUAAUGUUGAUUUACAAUUAGUUAAAUUAUGAGGGGCGGCGCGUGCGCAUGUGGUGGCGUUGUGUUGUGAUGUCAAACAUUGCAGUUGUGUGUCGUGGCACGGUGUACGCGACCCGCCCCUGUAGCAUUAACACUGUAUUUAACUCAUUUUCUCAUGUAGAUCCUUUUUUACGUUAUUAUUUAUACGUAUCAAAGGUGAUGGGCAGUGGUCUAGAAAUAUUUCUGAAACGGAAAUCGCUCCUCGAUGUUGUAUAUUGUGUGUACAGUAUUUGCCCAUUCCCCUUGUGAUUAGCUUUUCAAUGCUUCGUUUUACCAGAAAUGAGAUGCGGUACUAUGAAAUUGAUAGUUUAGAACUUAUAGGUUCUGUUUGCUUCCGUUUAUAGUGACGGGAAUGAUCGGUUGGUUGUUAAAAAAAUAGAAGGAAAAUUCUUAGAAUGCUAAUAGUGUUCGCAUUCGCGCGAUAUUUUGGCCGAUUCGACAUUGCCUUUAAUUUAUUAACAUGCUUACGUCAUUCAUGAAAAUUUAUGUCAAUACAUUUUGCGUUUGCAAUUACAAAAAUGGCCGAAUUUACGUCGCGUAAAAUAGCAUCUCACUUCUGAUGUAAUUAUAUUCGCAAUACAUUAUUGUGUUUCGCAUUAUUUUCUGGCUGUGUGAAUAAACCUUAAACGAUUUCGUAGGGCUUGUGUUGUGAUGACAUUUCUAAAUAAAUUUCUCUUUGAGAUAAUAUGUUGGUAUAAGUUAAAUCAUAUUAUAUGGCCACAAAGUUGCGAUGUCUGAUUAUAAUGUUAUAGAUGUACUUCCUUUUGUCAUAACAUUUACUCUCAGUAUCUUGAACCCAACAGAAGCAGGACAGUAAAAAAAAAAUACUAAGAAAUAAAAAAUUAAGGUUUGUUCACACUGUCAGGAGUUUGUCAAAUGUAGCACUUAUCGUUUGUUUCACUUAUGACGCUGCCGCGGGGUUCUAUCACUAUGCGGCUCAUUGAACACUAGAUAUACUUUGUAUAAUUAAAUAUUUUUGCUUUGUUAUUGUUAUGGAAAAUAAAAAAAUAAUAAUUUAAUUUGGUAAAAUUGUAAGUUCAUUUUUUUCUUCGAAAGUAUUAUGUUUGAAUACUUUUUGAUUGUUUCUUCCAUGUGAUUAAGAAAGUGGCAAUACGAAUAAGCUAAUAAAAGCGAGAUGAUAUCUUU